AUGCGCCUGGACCUACAGCGUGCAGAUAACAACAGCCUUGAUGUAGGCAGAGGAUGCGCUAAUGCAGGUACUCUGUUUGUCAAGCGUGUUCCUGCAUUUCCAGGAGUUGCUGUCGCAGGCGCAGGCGCAGGCGUAGGUGUAGGCGUAGGCGUAGGCGCAGGCGUACGGUAA